AUGACCACCCACAUCUCCACCAACAAGCUCGCCAACACCCGCGUCCUCAUCAUAGGAGGCACAUCCGGCAUCGGCUUCGCCGUCGCCCGAAUCGCCCUCGAACACGGUGCCUCCAUCAUCGUCGCCUCCUCCAACCCCGACAAAGUAACCUCAGCUAUCACCCGCCUCAAAACCCUCUACCCAGAUGACCAAUACACAGCCCGCAUCGCCGGCACAGUCUGCAACCUCGGCGACCCAGCCUCCCUCGAAGCAAAUGUCCUCAACCUCUACACGUUCUCCACAGCCCCAGACACCUUCCCAACCCAAAUCCAAACCAACCAAACCACCGACAAAGUCCCCCUCGACCACGUCGUACUGACCGCCGGCGACGCCCUCAACCUCCGCAAUCCCACCGACUCGUCCUUCGACGUCCCCUACAUCCAGUCUUCAGGCACCGUCCGCUACAUCGGCGGCCUCAUCCUCGCCAAGCACGCCCCGACCUACCUGCGCCAGGCCCCGUCUUCCUCGAUUACCUUCACCAGCGGCGUAAAUACCACCCGGCCGAUGCCUGGGUGGACGAUUGUGACUGCGAUGGGCGCGGCAAUUGAGGGUAUGGCGAGGGGCUUGGCGGUGGAUUUGGCGCCUAUUCGGGUGAAUACGGUUUCGCCGGGAGCGGUGCUGACGGAGAUUUUUGGGUCGUUGGGGGCGGAGGAUAUGGAGAAGCUGGUUGAGAGGUUUCGGGCUGGGACGUUGGUGGGUGAGAUUGGGAGGCCGGAGGAUGUGGCGGAGGCGUAUCUUUAUAUUAUGAAGGAUCGCUUUGUUACGGGAGAGGUGGUGGGGAGUAAUGGGGGGAGGUUGUUGAAGUAG